CUGAAGACUACUUUAAGCAACUAGAAUGGUGGUAAUGGCAUAAACGACUCCCAUAAAUUUUUAUCGAAACGCAAGGAGUAACUCUGCUGGACACUUUCUCCAACCAUCAUUUUACUCGUCUUUCAUUCAGCGACUUCGUCCCCCUGCUCAGUCCUCAGUGCCUUGCUAGGACACUCUCACGGAUUCGCAUCCUUCCACGACAAUGCCUGGUGAUUCUGUAUCCUCUUUGGCCUCUACGGUCCCUUCUCACGCAAUCACUGAACGGUCCAAGAACACAAGGACUAGUCGACAGCCUCCAAUACAGGCUUACAUCCAUUGGCUGGAACGUAGUGAAGGUGCCAGGAUAUCCAACUGCAACUCUACCGCAGGUUCGGAUUGUCGAGUAGACGAUUCCAUUGGGCGAGUCAAGCAAUCGAAGAGGUACUACUCGUUCACUCACGCUGAAGAGUCGAGUGAUGAUCGCCAGCUGGAUAACGAUAGACUGGGAGAGAAGGGCGAGAUAUUGCCGCGGCGGAGGAUAUUUAACGUCAAGCGUGCUAGAAAGAUAGUACAAUUUUUUGGGGAGCACCCACCUUUAGAAUUAAUACUUAGAGAUGACGCCUGUCCUUCAUCCAUUCAACAUCUUCUCUCUUCCAACAUCUCGACACGGCAUCCAAGUCCCGAGAAUGAGCGAAUGUCACCUCAUUCCAAGGACCGCUCCAAAAACAUUUCUCCCGACCCAUUUGACGACGAUCAUGUCACAUUUACUUCGGCUUUCUGGGUGCCCAAGCGCCGUACCGCUCAAUCAUCUUCGUUCUUCGGGGUCACCUGCAAGGAUUCGCCUCCAUUCGUACCAAAGACAGCACCUCCGAUGCAAGAGCAAUCUACACGCAGUGCACAAGUCGACGUACAGUCGACUAGACGCAGAUUUUGGGGUUUCGGUAAGAGAUACACCACGCGGGAGGUACUAGACAUCGCAGAUGUUAUUGAAAAGUUGCACUGCCUUAGCAGCGUGAAUUGAGAGGUUCACGCUUUACUUAUCUCGAUUCUCAUAUUUCUUUUUCACAAGACUCGGCGGGCCGAUUUAUACUGUAGACUUUCAUUGUUAGAGGUAGACACAGGCUCGGAUACACAUAGGGUACCUCCAUUCAAGAAUCCAUUCACUUUAGAUGCCGA